UAGAAUAUGCCGCUAUUUUCUUGGGAAAAAAAAAAACUCUCUCUCUGAAACCACCAUGGAAAUCGAAGGCGAAGACGGCACGAAGCUCUCUCUGAAGCCCGGAGUUAAGGCUGUGUUCGGAAGAGGAACCGGAUUCAACACCGAAGACCUAACAGUGUCACGCCGUCACGUGUCGUUCGAGUUAAAACCCUUUGCCGGCGGAGCAGAACGGUCCGAAUCCGAUAGGGUUUGCUUCGAGGUCCUCGGGAGGAAUCCGGUCUGGGUACGUACGGGUCGACCGGGCGAUAAAAUCCAAACUUUUCGAAAAUCUGAAACGGGAGUGAUCGCCGCCGGCGAAAGAUUCUGUCUUUCGGGUCAUAUCCCUGUUUGGUUCGCUUUGAAGAGACGCGAUGAAGCUGCGGAGGGUAGAGUAUCGGAUGGUGAAAGUGGAUUGGAUAGUAUCGAUAUUUCAGACAUUGACCCUUUUAAAGAGUUUGGUUUUCUUGUGAUUGGGAAGGAAUUUGAUCAGUACUCGAAUAGUCGGAUUCGCGACAUUAAGCAAUGGGAAUGGUUCCUUGAGGAUUCCACUAAUGGAAAUAGCGAUGACGAUGAUGAUGAUGAUGGAGAUCGGAAGGGAAGGAAGGGGUUAAGCAAAAAGAGAAGAAGAAAGAAAGGGAAUGAGGACGACGAUUGGAGUGUGGAAAGUGAGGAAGAUACAGAGUUGCCGGUGAAAUCACAAAGCGUUAAGAUUCCAACUUACUCAACAAGAUCAAAGAAGACUAAGAAAGAUCCACACGCAAGUAGUAGUAGUGGUAGUAGCCAUGCUCAAACUAAACAGCGUGGAAGAGUAGAUGUCGAGGAAGACGAAGAUGAUGAAACAUUGGGAAGUUUCAUUGUUAGUGAUGAAGAAGCCAAGUUAGAAGAAGAGGACGAACCAAAUAUAGAUGAUGAUGAGGAAGAAGAAGAAGAAGAUUUUGAUGAAGAUGAAGACUAGGAGUAAUAGCUGGAAUUUUAUUGACUAAACCUAAAAUGUAAGCAAAGCUAAUCUUAUUGUAACUGGAACUACAAUCUUAUUGUUCAUUAGUAAUGUGUGCG